UGUGUGGACAGACCCCUCCCCAGGUCCUGAACUCUUAAGGACGUGGCGCUGUGAGGCGCGCCCCAUGGGCAGUAAACCUGCAGGGGCGAGAGGGAGGGACAUCGAUUAAACCCAAAUCGUGGGCGUUCAGUCCUCAGGGCACUGGAGCGCGUGAAAACUCCAGCGGACUCUUCUGGAGAGGAGAUCAUGCCCUCUAAGUCUCUUUCCAACCUCUCGGUGACCACCGGCGCGAAUGAGAGCGGUUCCGUUCCCGAGGGGUGGGAAAGGGAUUUCCUGCCGGCCUCGGACGGGACCACCGCAGAGUUGGUGAUCCGCUGUGUGAUCCCGUCCCUCUACCUGCUCAUCAUCACCGUGGGCUUGCUGGGCAACAUCAUGCUGGUGAAGAUCUUCAUCACCAACAGCGCCAUGAGGAGCGUCCCCAACAUCUUCAUCUCUAACCUGGCGGCCGGGGACUUGCUGCUGCUGCUCACUUGCGUCCCGGUGGACGCCUCGCGCUACUUCUUCGACGAGUGGAUGUUCGGCAAGGUGGGCUGCAAACUGAUCCCUGUCAUCCAGCUCACUUCCGUGGGAGUUUCCGUGUUCACUCUCACUGCCCUCAGCGCCGACAGGUACAGAGCCAUCGUUAACCCCAUGGACAUGCAGACCUCAGGGGCACUGCUGUGGACCUGUGUGAAGGCCAUGGGUAUCUGGGUGGUCUCCGUGUUGUUGGCAGUUCCUGAAGCGGUGUUUUCAGAAGUGGCGCGCAUCAGUAGUUUGGAUAAUAGCAGCUUCACAGCAUGUAUCCCAUACCCUCAAACAGAUGAAUUACAUCCAAAGAUUCAUUCAGUGCUCAUUUUCUUGGUCUAUUUCCUCAUACCACUUGCUAUUAUUAGCAUUUAUUAUUAUCAUAUUGCAAAGACCUUAAUUAAAAGCGCACACAAUCUUCCUGGAGAAUACAAUGAACAUACCAAAAAACAGAUGGAAACACGGAAACGCCUGGCUAAAAUUGUGCUUGUCUUUGUGGGCUGCUUCAUCUUCUGUUGGUUUCCAAACCACAUCCUUUACAUGUAUCGGUCUUUCAAUUAUAAUGAGAUUGAUCCAUCUCUAGGCCACAUGAUUGUCACCUUAGUUGCCCGGGUUCUCAGUUUUGGCAAUUCUUGUGUCAACCCAUUUGCUCUUUACCUACUCAGUGAAAGCUUCAGAAGGCAUUUCAACAGCCAACUCUGCUGUGGGAGGAAGUCCUAUCAAGAGAGAGGAACCAGCUACCUACUCAGCUCUUCAGCGGUGCGUAUGACAUCUCUGAAAAGCAAUGCUAAGAACAUGGUGACCAAUUCUGUUUUACUAAAUGGGCACAGCAUGAAGCAGGAAACGGCACUGUGAUUUUGGCCAUUCAACUCACUACCUGGAGAGAACUUAGUAACUGUUAAAAUUCCUAUUCAGCAGAUCAGAACUAAAUAAUUAUCGUAUUCUUGCUGUUACUUAGCUAAUUUAUUAGGCAAUUGCACGAUUGACUCAGAAAAUGCAAGACAUUUUUUCUCUACACUAGACUUUAUUUUUUCUCUUUUCAUUUCCUAGUAAUUAGAAUAUGAGAAAAGACUUUAAAUCACUACAUAUAAUACAUAUAUGUAUAUAUAUGUAUUUGCACACACGCACGUACACACAUGUACAUUAUAUAUAUUUCACAUUAAAGAUGAUCCCCAAACCAAUGCAAUAUGUAUAAUUUAACAUUGCUUUAGUAUUUAGGCUGUUGCUAAAGCCAAUUCUAGCAUAUUUGUCUUAGGUUUUGUUUUAUCUCGAAGCAUGAAAUAAAUUUCUAUAUUGACUCAAUGAUUCAGUGAGGGUAAUAUUCAAACUCCUAUUAUUUGAAAUGCAAGUCAGAUUGUCCUGGUGAAUUUCAUUCAAUUCACAACUAUUGCAUGUAUGUGUUUGUGUAUAUAUAUAUAUAUGUAUAUAUGUACACACACACACCCACACGUCCUUCGUUUUAAGAAAAUAAUAAAAAAUUCAAAGGUGGAGCUUAAUCACAUCGGUAUUUAUUGUGAUUCUGUGAUUAAUCAUAAUUUAUAGAAAUAAUUCGUAUCUGUAACUUCUAAGUAUGUGAUUAACAGAGAUAAUGAAAUUAAUAUUAUGAAUUAUAAAAUAGGUAGGAUAUGAAUAUGAUUUACAUUAUGAAUGUAAAAUAGGUAUCAUAUGUCCCAAAUUGCAAAACUACACCUCAUAAGUUUGCAUGGCCAUCUUAGUAUACAUUGCUAAAUACUCGAAUAUUUGGAUGACUGUGUAUAGAUGUGAUAAGAUUUGUGCAAUUCCAGUGAGUUCAACCAUUUACUCAUCCUCUCUUGCAAUACCCAACUGACAAGUAUGUGGGAUCACAUUUAGGCAAUUUUUUUCUGCUUUUCCUGCAUGAUACCACAGUUUUCUCUGAAUAAAUGUCUUCUUUUUUUAAGAAAAUGCAAAUGUAUUGAUUACAUUUUAAAAGCUACCAUUUUUAGAAGCAUGUAUCAAUAAAUCUAAUAUUUAAAUCAA